AUUGUAUGUGGUAUGUGCUAAUCAACUUUGUAUAAAGCCAAAACUCAUUCAUCCAGAACAUUGUUCAUAUCACAUACGUACUAGCUAGUAGCAAAGUGCAAAAGCAAAGGCUGUUGUAGCUACAACUUAUUCAAGCACAAAUUCUCAUCGUCCUUGUUGAUGAAGAUCCUUCUUGCCAUCAUCUUCUUGUCAUCAGUCCUGCUGCAAAAAUCAGAUGGACAGAGAGAGGACUGGUGCAUAUCGGACGAGCAAUAUCCGGAUGAAGAGUUGCAGAAGGCCAUGGAAUGGGCUUGUCACAACGGAGCAAACUGCGACAGCCUACAGCCAAACAGACCCUGCUUCCUUCCCAAUACGGUCAGGGACCAUGCUUCCUACGCAUUCAACAGCUACUAUCAGAACAUGAAACACAAAGGAGCCAGUUGUUACUUCCUUGGUGCUGCAGUUUUAACUGCCCUCAAUCCAAGCCACGGUUCGUGCAAGUUUGAGACGCUUCCCUGAACAGAAUUGCUGAAGACAUUAUUCAUCUGGGAGGUCAAUCAGGUCUUUUUAUCAUAUACGAGUUAAGGAGAGAGUUUGAAUGAAUGUAAACAAUGUCCAAAGUAAGACCUGGAUGUGCAUGUUUACAACCCUUUUCCAUUUCCACUUUUAUAGCUCCUUUGUCAUUUGAAUGUGAUCCUAAUUUAUGAUUCAUCAAAAGUGUAUUUAUUUUGGCCCA